CUCCUUCAAAAACCAGCUAAAUUCCUUUUCCUUUUUCCUCUCCCAUGGCGGACCUCAAUUUAUACCCCUUCAACAUUCUCUGCUAAAUUCCCACAACUUCCUUCUCGUUCAUCAUCAUCAUCUUCUUCUUCUUCCUCUCUCUCUGUACUUGAUGGAGUCCGAGGCUGUUUUGAGGACGAAGCAGAGCAAUGUCUUCCGAUUGAAGUGCUCCGUCCAGAACUACGAUUGGGGGAUCAGAGGACCGGAUUCUGCAGUCGCGAGGCUCUUUGCGUUGAACUCUGGCUCGAUUGUCGAUUCCGAUAAGCCCUACGCGGAGUUUUGGAUGGGGACUCACGAUUCCGGACCUUCCUUUCUGAUCGGCGCCGCUGAGAAUGGCGGUGCGGUUGAGUCCGAUUCCACUUCCCUCAAGUCUUGGGUUUCUGAAAACCCUAAUUCCCUCGGCGAGAAGGUCGUCGAGAAAUGGGGCUCCGACCUCCCCUUCCUGUUCAAGGUUCUCUCUGUGGCGAAAGCAUUGUCGAUACAGGCUCAUCCGGACAAGGAAUUGGCGAAGAUACUCCAUAAGUUGCAACCCAAAGCUUAUAGAGACGCAAAUCACAAGCCGGAAAUGGCACUGGCGAUUACGGAGUUCGAAGCUCUCUGUGGAUUCAUCAGUCUCGAGGAGCUUAAGGAUGUUCUUCGUUCUGUUCCUGAGACUGUGGAAAUGAUUGGCCAUGAAGACACAAACAGAGUGCUGUUAUUAGAUGAUGAAGAUGAGGAAGAGGACCUGAAGUCUGUCCUGAGGUCAGCUUUCACUCAGUUAAUGUCGGCUACCAAAUCAAUGAUAUCGGGCACGAUAUCCGACUUGAAGAGGCGGCUGCACUCUGAAAGUGAGGUGAGGCAGCUAACUGCUAAGGAACUCCUAGUAUUACGUUUGGAGAAGCAAUAUCCUGAUGAUGUGGGCGUUAUUGCAGCAUUCUUCUUAAAUUAUGUGAAGCUGAAUCCUGGAGAAGCUCUGUACCUCGGAGCAAACGAGCCACAUGCAUAUAUAAGUGGCGAGUGUAUCGAGUGCAUGGCAACGUCUGAUAAUGUCGUCCGGGCUGGCCUAACUCCCAAGUUUCGCGAUGUCCAGACUCUCUGUGCUAUGCUUACUUACAAACUGGGCUUUCCUGAAAUCCUCCAAGGAGUUCCUGUAAAUCCAUACAUAACAAAGUACAUUCCACCGUUCGAUGAAUUUGAGGUUGACUGUUGCGUUCUUCCUGAGGGAGCAUCCGUCUUAUUUCCAGCAAGCCCCGGUCCUUCGAUAUGCUUGGUUGCUCGGGGGGAGGGGAUGAUGCUGCCUCUAGAAUCACUAGAGAGUGAUGUAAUCAGUGAAGGAGAUGUCCUCUUUGUAGCUGCUAAAACUGAGAUUAGUAUAACGAGUGAAGUUGAGUUGCUCAUUUUCAGAACGGGAGUAAACAGCAGGUUCUUUGAUGCAUUCAUGAACGGUAAAUAAAAUAUUCACUUUGAUUCAUGAAUGGUAAAUAAAAUAUUCACCUUGAUUUUUUUUCCCUA